CCUCCUCCCCAUCAUUUAAUAGCUUUGUGCUCCGUAGAUGGGAAACUUCCUCAUGACUGUCUCUUGUGGGUGACUUCUAGCUGUGCUUCCUUUCCCUUGGAGCAUCCUGGAAUAGCCGCAACAUCCUUCUCCUUCUCCUCAAGCCAAAGCAAGCUGGGGGUGGGGAAAGGAGGAACAAGAGAGGAAGCAGAAUCCAGAGCUGACUCUUGGCAGUGACGGCUGCUGCUGCUUACAUUACAUCUUCAUGUAGGGAGGAGCAGAUGGGUGGGAUUUGGUGCAAGCAACCCCCCGCCCCAAGUUCCUGCUCAUGGGUUUGAUGCUCCGGGUUGAAGAUAAAGUUCCUUGUUGGUGAGGGCAGGAGAAAAAGAGAGAGAGGAAGAUGUGUGUUCCUUGAGGAUUUGGAGUCGCUUCGGAAGUGUCUCUUUUCUUCCCCCCCCUUCCUCGUCGCCUCCAUGUGUGCUGCUUCUCCUCAUAACUCCUGCCUGCACUUACUGCUAAAUAUUCAGGAUGGAGAUUCACACUUUCUGGCUGGUACAACUUUUCCACGUUGUACUGUGGGCUUCUCCAGUGAGGACCAUUUCCAAUACUACAAGAGACAAACUCAGGAAGUUUGUUGGGGGCCUAAUUUAGACCAUAGAUCUAAAGGAGUGGUAAUUCUUGGAAGGAGGAAUAAUUUGGGAGGAAUUGGUGUUUGGAUCAGAGCACAUCUCUCAUACAAGAUCUUGGUUAAUGGUCUAAUGACAAUUGGAUUAGCAGGUGCACAUCAAAGACAUGUCUGCAAUGAAUCCCUUCUCCUACAAAAUUUGCCAAUGUGUGGGAAAUCCUUUGAAGAGAUGAUGCACAGAGUGGAUUCUAAAAAAUGGUGCAAUCUAACAGAAUUCAUCCUGUAUUACAACAAUUUCACUCUAUGUACAGAACGCAAGGCCAACAUGGCACAGUGUUUUUGGCCUAACCCCCUUGCAGAGGGCUUCAUCACUGGAAUUCAUAGACAGUUCUUUUCAAACUGUACUUCAGAAAAAGUACAUUGGGAAGAUCCGCCAGAUAGAAUUUUGAUCACACUUAUUUUCGUACCAGUUCUCUUAACAGUUGCCAUGAUUGGACUAGUGGUUUGGUGCAGCAAGAGAAGCGACAUUUUGGCAUAACUGACCCUUCAUCAUCCUUUAUUCCAUUAUUGUUGUUUUCUUUCUCUUUUGAGAACAACAGAAAAGAAUUAUUAAUUUUAUACGUGCAGAGUUCUCACCUGUGUCAAGCAAUAAAGUGGGGGGGGGGGGAUAUUUCUGUAGCCACACAUGCCUACUACCUACAGCCAUUAUUUCUCCAAUAAUACAAAUAUUAUUUUGACAAUGGGCACAAAGGCGGACGAUCAUAUUCUUGUAAUGGAAGCCAUACUGAGAGAACUGAAAACAUUUUCCGAAUCUGCUAACUACAAUGGUGUUAAACCCAGUUGAUGAACUAAAUAUUUCAGCAGGACAUUGUGUGAGCAUGUGCACUGCAGAUUCAAAGUGUGCGUCCACCACUGAACAAUAAUUGCUGAAGGAGUUGCUUUGGACUUAAAAGCAAACAUUUGAGUGUGUAUGCAUGAUCUUUUGUGACUUCAACAGACCUUCCUUGCCAAAGAGACAUAACAUGAGUAUUGCUGAAGAAAAUCAUAUCCAUGUCCUUCUGUUUCUCAAAAGUCCAUAAACAUGUGUGCAAGAGGUUAGAAAUACUAUGAACAACAAGUGGCCAGUGAAUCAAAUUUCAACAUUAUGUUGGCUCUUCUCCAUAUAAGGAAAUAUCAAAUAUGCCCUUGAAGGAUGGUAUCUUGGAGCUGAAAGCCUGCCAAAUUAUCCUCAGGAAGGAUAUGUGGUUUUUGUUUGUUUGCAAAGUUAGAAAAAUAAUGAGAGGAAGCUGGUUGACAAUGAAUUUGUUAAAAGUGACAAAGGGACUGUUAUGCCUCUCUUUUUUUAAACUACCAUUGCUGUUGUUAAUAUUAGGUCCAUUUUUCUUUUGUGUGCUCCAAAGUCUUUUGUGCAUAUCAUAUCAUGCUUUUUUAAAUAGACUAAGAAUAAGAAAUUACAACUGUGUUGGUGCAGGUGCCUUUCAGAGUUUGUAUACUGAAAAUGUUUCAUGUCAGGGGCUUGGAAGUUAAUAGUCCAGACAGAUUGGGACAUGAAAGAUGGUGGGGUGGGGAACCUUCCCUCCACAAAAUUUUAUGUUAUGGGGCAAGCCACAUCUACGGUGAAUAUCAGAUUUGCCAUAUAUAAAGUGUCCUCCAAGCUAAGUCUCCAAGUGAAGUAUUUCAUUCUGAGUGCUAAGAUCUUUUAGUCAUAAACUUUUUUCCAUACCUCACACCAUUUAAUAAAGCUAAAACUGCU